AUGGCUAAAGAAGAAGACGAAGAAGUGUUCUCCUUUCCAACCCAACUAUCUCCUCUUGAUUUCAGUGGAUGUUCUGCGUUGAAUUGGCAGUAUGAUUUAGCAAUACAAGAGACUGCUUUUGAUGCUUUGCCUUUAAUGGAGAGCUUCCCUACCGAUCCUUUGUAUUCAUCACUCGAUCUUGUGCCAACUCCUAAUAUAAAUAUUCAAGAGGAUUACUUGUGUGGUUAUGGGAAUGGAUUUGGAGUUUGGAAUGAAGUGAUGAAUGAUGGAUUUGAGAUUGAGAACCAACAGCCAUUGUUGUUGGGAUACAAUAAUGAAGAGAUUGGUGAUGAGGAGAGUGUGAAAGAGAAAGAGGUUAGAAGGUGCAAGGUUGAUGAAAGGAGUAAUAAUUACAAGACGCUGUCUAGAAACACUAUAUCUCAGUACUUUUAUAUGCCCAUCACACAAGCUGCAAAGGAGCUUAAUGUUGGAUUGACACUGUUGAAGAAACGCUGUAGGGAGUUGGGCAUUAUGAGGUGGCCUCACCGGAAGUUGAUGAGCCUCCAAACCUUAAUCAAGAAUGUUCAGGAAUUGGGGAAGGAGAGUGGAGAUGGGGCAGAAGGGAAGUUGAGAAAGGCGAUAGGGAUAUUGGAGCAGGAGAGGAAGUUGUUGGAAGAAAUACCAGAUAUGCAGCUUGAGGACAAAACAAAGAGGCUGAGGCAAGCUUGUUUUAAGGCCAACUACAAGAGGAGGAAGCUAACGGGGAUGGUGGACUCUCAAUCCCAAUCUUCUUCUACCUCCAUUAAUGCAACUCCAAAUGCCACAUAUGUUUCUGAGUGCGCAAUUAGGGACGACGACGACGACGAAGAGUUGAAGUCUCUUUUGUCCGACUGUUUUUCUUCUACUAAUCAAAAUGAUAUGGGAUCGAAACUCUAUACUUGCUCUUCAUUUCUCCAUAUCAAAAUCACUCCAACGCCAAGGAAACAGCUCUUCAUUCCUCCAUAUGAAUAUCACUCCAACGCCAAGGAAACAGGAAAUGCAGAAAUUCUAGUCUACAAAAAUGAAAAUGCUGAUGCAAUUAUGAAUCCGCAACAUCAUUCCCUUUCUCUGGGUGCUUUCGGCUAG